AUGAACCUAUCAAACAAAAGAGCAAGAAGUUCUAAUAACAUUUCUUCAUACAUUUGUGACGUGUGUAACUUGGAUUGCUAUACAAGUAAACAGCUCUGGAACCACAAACGAAUCCAUAAAAAAAAUACUAGUUCUGCCUUUUCUGCUGGUUCUUCUACUUAUAUUUCCUUGGAUGAUGAGGACUUGUUAUCUCUCAUAGAUGACAAUAUAACAGAAGACAUACCCUUUGACCCAUUCCAACCAAGAACGUAUAAAGCAUCACGUAAUUUUGAAGCUGGUGAUGAAGGACAUGUAUACGGUGAUAAUAUCUUUACCGAGAAUAUCUUCACUACUUCACAAUUAUUAAGUAUUGAGCUGUAUGAUAUUGUAACUUCAUUCAAUGUAUCUACUGAGUACAAUUAUCAGCUUUUCAAUCUGAUGAACAUGGUAUUCCAAGACUAUGAUAAACUCUCAAAAGAAUAUUCCUCAGAAAUUAUCCAGGCUGAACCUGUCAAUACCCUGCUCAAGAAAAAAACAGCAAUAAAGGCUCACAUAUAUGACAUAUGCAAGAAUGUCUGUAAGCUGUAUAACAAUACUCAAUGCAAAGAAGAAUGCCCCCACUGUGGCAGUAAAAGCUUUCUUGAGCCCACAGGUGAUGCCCCCGCACCUUUGGUCUCAGUGAAGACAAUGAAGAUGAUGUCACUUGGCGAUCAACUGGCUCGACUCCUUGGCAAUAAAAAAUCAAAGCAGCAAUUGACCAUUGUACAUGUGAUGAUUUUGAAUUCUGAUCCAUUAAUAAGAUAUAUCAACAAAUAUCUUAUCCAACUUGCCAUUAUACUCGGAAAGCCUGUAGAUCUUGAUUCUUUCUUGUUACCCAUAAUAGAUGAAGUCAUUAGCUUAGGCAAAUAUGGGCUGAUUAUAAAAAAGUUUGACGGUGAAAGGAUUGUGGAAAAAGUUCACAUGGUUACAAAGUAUUGCCAUCAUAAAGGCCACAAUUCCAGAUAUGGUUGUCAUGUAUGUGAAGUAUUAGGUCAAGUCUCCUUAAGAGGUAGAGGCAUGUACUUUAAAAACUACAGUGCUCCUCUAAGGCCAAAGAUCGACUUUGUUAAUGUCAACACUAAUACUAACAUUCAAGAACCCAACAUCUUUGCACGGCUAUCUACCUUUACUGGGUCUUCCUUCUAUGGUCUGCAUGAGAUGCACUUAAUUGGACAUGAUAUAGGAAAGCUUGUCCACAAGCUAAUAAUUGUUAAGAUAAUUAUAUCAUACUGCCGGGUAAACUGUGUCAGAUCGAUAUGGAGCUAA